AUGAAAUUAGGCCAAUUAAUAAUAUUAUCGUCUAUAUUGUUAGGGACUACCGUGUCCUUAGAUAAUGGAGGAAGUCAGGGAAGUGCCGCAGGGUUGGAGAAGAGUAGUGGUCUUGAAAUAUCUAAUCUUGACAUGAAAAGUGGGAAGGGAGCAGCAAAUAUUGGAGUGAAGGAGAUUGAAGAAAAUGAUAAUAACCCUACACCAAUAGAUGCUAAGAGGCCGUUAGAUCCGCCAGUUGGGGAUGAACAAGAGGGAACUGGAGAAGAGAAUCCAUCGUACAAUUCAUUUUUGAUGUCCAUUUCGAUGAUUAUAGUCUCUGAAAUCGGUGACAAAACGUUUUUAAUUGCUGCUUUGAUGGCAAUGAGAAAUUCAAGAUUCAUUGUAUUCUCAGCUGCCUUUUCGUCCUUAGCCGUUAUGACUGUAUUAUCAGGUAUCGUGGGCCAUGCAUUGCCUGCAUUAAUUUCCCAAAGACUCACUCAAUUUUUAGCGUCCAUAUUAUUUAUUGUAUUUGGGCUUAAAUUGCUCAAGGAAGGCUUGGAGAUGUCCAAGGAGCUAGGUGUUGAGGAAGAGUUGGCAGAAGUUGAAGAAGAAAUUGCGUCGAACAAUUUGAAUAACGAAAUGGAAAAUAUGGAAGGCGGCUCUUCCAAUAAGUUUACAGCUAAGAGCCAAAAUAAAAAGUGGUACGUUGAAUUUGGUGACCAAAUUAGAAAUUUAGCCUCAUUUGUAUUAUCACCAGUUUGGAUUCAGGUAUUUGUGAUGACAUUCUUAGGCGAAUGGGGUGAUAGAUCACAAAUCGCUACUAUAGCUAUGGCAGCGGGUUCGGACUACUGGUAUGUUAUUUUAGGUGCCAUUAUCGGUCAUGGUGUUUGUACUGCUGCAGCAUGCGUUGGUGGAAAGUUAUUAGCUACAAGAAUUUCAAUGAGAAACGUUACAUUAGGGGGAGCCAUUGCAUUCUUUGUUUUUGCUAUCUUAUACUUUUACGAUGCACUUUAUAACACUGAAGCGUAA